GCUUUAUCGUCGUCCUACACGUCAAAUCUCCUCCGGCAGGGCCUGAAGCCACCAUCCCCAGUAUCCUGAAACCUAGGGCGCUUCUAUAAUCCAUAUCAGGGUCAGGAGCUCCACAGUGCUUCGCAAUCGGAGACAAUGAUCCAUGCGAAGGAGUUGAGAGAGGUUUUGCAUUUCGGAUUCUCACUACAAUUCCUAAGAAUGGCUCUGUUCUGGACGCUCUCACUCAUCAUCUCUUACUUACAUCUCUUCAUUCAAAGAUUUCCAUUUUCUCGAAAAUCCAACUCCUAUCCGCGCUGUCCUCCGGCAAACACCGCUACUUUCAGGCCUCUCUGCAUCAUUACCGGCGCUACAUCUGGUUUGGGUAAGGCGGCUGCAUACGCACUUUCAAAGGAAGGCUUCUACGUUGUUCUCGUUGGGAGGUCAUCUCAUUUAUUAUCAAAGACUAUGGUAGAAAUCAAGGAAAAGAAUAAAAAUGCUCAUCUCAAAGGUUUUCAGGUAGACUUAUCAUCCUUCCACUCAAUCCUGAAGUUCAAGGGCUCCCUUGAGCAGUGGCUUUCAGAUUCAAAUAUGCAUUCUUCUAUCCAACUUCUGAUAAACAAUGCGGGGAUAUUGGCUACAUCUUGUAGACUCACAACAGAAGGCUGUGAUCAGAUGAUGGCAACAAAUUACAUGGGUGCUUUCUCUUUGACCAAACUUCUAUUACCACUUCUAAGAAGCAGCCCUGUUCCAUCAAGGAUAGUCAACGUUUCAUCCUUUACACAUCUAAAUGUAUUUGAUAUGCAGGUUGACGAGGGUACUAUUACUGGGAAGUGUUUCUCAAGGCCAAAACAGUAUCCAUGUGCUCAUAUUUAUGAGUAUUCUAAAUUAUGCUUAGUGCUGUUCUCCUAUGAGCUUCAUCGACAACUUGGUUGUAUGCACAACUCUCGCCACGUUUCUGUCAUUGCUGUGGACCCUGGAGCAGUGGAAACCAACAUCAUGCGAGAAGUUCCUUCAUGUAUUUCCCAUAUGGCAUUUAUGGUCUUGAAACUUCUAUUCCUCCUGCAGUCACCUGAAAAGGGAGUGAGCUCUAUUCUUGAUGCUGCCCUUGCUCCUCCAGAAAUUUCUGGUGUAUACUUUUUUGGUGGGAAGGGCAGGACUGUCAAAUCUUCUGCACUUUCUUACAACACAAAACUAGCCGAGAAACUUUGGACCACGUCGUGUGAUCUGUUCCUAAAGCUGUGCCUUGCAUCUGAGCAAGCUACCUCUUUGUUGUCAAAUUGUGUAUCAUAGGAGAAAACAGUGUUUUAUGUGACCAAGUAUUAAUAGAAUCCUGGUGGAGGAUUGCUUACAUGAGCCGGUCUAUAACUUUUCCUUCCUAUUUGCUGCCAUAUUGUACCAAACAAGCAGGGAAAAAGAGAGCAAAUCUCUGAAGAAGGUGAACAAUGAAACUAUGGCUCUUAUCUGCUGUUAUAACAGCUGCUGGGGAAGGAGUCAUCUGCAUCCAGCUUCUUGCAUAUUUGUCCGACUGCCAGCUCCACUUGUGUAUGGAGGAAAAACCAGCCUCCUGCUAUUGUUGUUUAUGUUUUGAUUGUUUGGACAGCUACAGUCGAGUUUUUCCAUAAGGGUUGUUACCAUAUUAGAUCUCACUACAAAGCAAUGAUCCUCCAGAAUUUCUUGGAAAAUUUACCUUUACUUCUCGUUAGGUCUCUAAUAAUUGCCAGGAGCAUGAAUUUGGUUCCUGGUUUUGUAAACUAGCGCUUGCCUUCUGCAAAGAUUAUAUAUCCAGGAACAGCUUCACUCUUCUAGAUUGAGGUGAUGGAGGAAGCCCAACAGUGCUGCUACAGAAAGGAGCUGGAUAGUGUCGGGCAAGAUUUUAUAUUCAUGUGCAGUGUUCUUAAAUUGAAGAAGAGGACGCUCCCCUUUCAUGUAACCAGGUUUAUAGUCCUCCUUCCACUGAGAUCUUGUAGACAUAAGAAUUUCCUUGCAUUCAAAAGUCUAAUCUCUUACAGUAUUCCAAUAUGAGCCUCCCACAUCGCUUUGGCAAUAAAGCUUAUCAUGUUCCUUGUUU